AUGCUCGCUCUGCUCAACAAUCUCAACUUGGAGUUCCAAAGGCGCGAGGUGGACAUGACGUCCGUGACCUGUGUUGUCCGAAGAACGAUGGUCUUCAUCCGCGCACGGUACAUCGAGAGCAGCAGCAGCGGCGACUACGGCGGCAACAAGAGUCAACUGCAGCUUCCCGGCUUCCUCUCCAAGCUCAAAUCCGACCGUAGCGUCACCGUGGAUGGUGUUGACAACGAAGGCAGACCCAAGAAACACCACUUCAUGCUGCAUGAAGAGACCUUGGGUCGCCAUAGCAAGAGCGGUGGUGAUCUCGACUCCUGCCUCGCCGUCUGCCGCGCUCAUACCAAGGCCACCAACGGCUCCUUGCAACACAGCAUGAAGAAUCUUGUUAACCUCAACGGCUGCAAGCUUAGCAAGAAGAGGCGGCCAUCCAGGAAGGAGCAACGGAGAACUGUGAGCGGCAAGGUCAAGGCGAAGGAGGAGGAGGAGGAGGAGGAGGAGGAGGAGGAGGAGGAGGAGGAGGAGGAGGAGGAGGAGGAGGAGGAGGACGACGACGACGACGACGACGACGUUGAUGGGGAUAAAAGCAGCGACGGGAGUGGAUUCAGCACUGAUGAUGAUGAUGAUCAGUAG